AUGGAUAAAGAACAGGCCAAAGCAGGCUUUACAAAGUAUUUUGGAGCAAAAACAGGAAACUUUACCAAAGAAACAACUGAAGACGAAGUAAAACGUAUCUAUGAUGAAAGAUCAAGAACGUAUGACCAGGUGAUCUUCGAAAUGAAAGUAAAAUAAUGAUAAGAACAUUCUUGUUCAGGGGAAGGUGACGAUAUGGCUCAUCGGUUGAACCAUCGUACUCCUGAUCGAGAGUUUAUUAGCCCGUUUCUCAAAAGUCCUUGUAGCUUAACGAACGCACUGCAAUAUUUUUCAGUCUGAAUCAAGGGUAUAACAAUGCGGGUAUUACAAAACAAUCGUGGCAAUGUCUUUAAUCACUUCUGAGAGUUAAACUGCUAAGGGAAAAAGGUAACUAUUGCGAGCAGAUGGCUCAGAAUUAAAUGUUUACAAGAAAAUAAUGGUCGCUAAAAAAUGAUGAUCAGAUCCGCCACGUGGGAGGGACGGUGGAACACAACUUUUCCCCCUGGGGAAGGAAUUAGAACGAACCAAUCUUCAAAUGUUCAAUUCCCCGGACGGGGUGUAUCGAAGCUUCGAAUUGAUCGACACAUGAGACUGCAUCAGGCACAGGAUUUAGGAGGUCACAAGAUCCUGACUUUAUUUAAGGGUCAUUUCAUUUAUGGCCAAACACGUUCCAUUUGGAUCCAUUACUGAAACAUGAACAUUAAAUAGAAUUUCCUUCAAGUAAAUAGAAAGACGGAUCUUAUCGAUAAAAAUGAAAAAUAAUGCAAUAUUGGUUUCGUAUUGAUAUAAUUUCUAUAACAUAAACUGCGGUAUCAUACAGAGAUUUCCGGCCCUGAGAAAAGCCGUAACAACACACCUGAAAAAAUAUCGUAUUUUUUUACGUGUGUUGAUAUAGCCAAUCAGCUGCUGACACGUCACUCGCCUUUGGCGCUACUCGGUCAGGUUAGCGCCCAUGCGCUCUACGAUUGUUAUUCGGGGAUUGUCGAUUCAUUUAUUUUCAUUCAUUAAUGUAGUCGGUUUUUCUUGUCAGUAAAGGGCUAUUGUUUUUAUAUGAUAAACAAAAUAAUACAUGGUUGCCCAUGCGCUCUACGAUUGUUAUUCGGGAAUUGUCGAUUCAUUUAUUUUCAUUCAUUAAUGUAGUCGGUUUUUCUUGUCAGUAAAGGGCUAUUGUUUUUAUAUGAUAAACAAAAUAAUACAUGGUUGCCUGUAGAUAUGGAAUUUCUCUUCUCGUGUUCAACUCGACAUCUCACUCGUUCGCUGCACUUACUCGUGAGCUAUCGAGUUAAACACUCGAAGAGAAAUUCCAUAUCUACGCGCUCCAUGUAUUAUUCUAUAUUUCUCAACUUAGUAGUUGUUCCACGAGAUUCAACUUUCUUAUCAUAUAGGAACAUUUAGCGGCACGUUCUGCCUAUCACAAGCCUCUUGCCGAAUGUUUGCAUAAAACCUUGAAAGAUGUUUUCCUGGAUAAACCAAACGAUCAGAUUAAAAUCAUUGACGCUGGAGCUGGAACAGGGCUGAUAGGAGUUGAGCUCAAGAAACUCGGAUACACCAACUUAUGUGCUUUGGACAUCUCAGCUGAGAUGUUAAAGGAAGCAAAGGAGAAAGAGAUCUAUAAUGAGUUUAUCUGCGCCUCUUUGAGCGAGCCGCCGAUUCCUCAGAUUGAAACCGGGCAAUUUGAUGCCUUGAUUUGUGCUGCGACACUCUUUGAAGGCCUUGUUCGUUCAUCUGCUUUUGUGGAGAUGAUCAGAAUGGUUCGUGCUGGUGAGUCAAUUGGUCGCAAGUCCAAAACAUCUGUUGUGUAAGAAGCUCGCGCACAAUGUUUUUUAUGCCCUAUAAAGAAAAUGUUAUCUUCAAUUUGACGGCCACUAUAUGCCUGAAAUGGCAGUAUGCUUUGGUAAAACCUUUGGUGAAAGAAUAUUAUUUACCAAAAAUAGAAGAGGGAUGACUUAAGUUUGAGGGCAUAACGGGAUUGCAAAAAGGGAAAACGUCUAUAAGUAAUUCACAAGUUUUUAUUUCGUUAAUUUAUCAAGUUUUUGUUCUGAGUUCAUUUUUCAAGCUUCAAACAUGACAUAGAUCAUGCAAAACCUUUCUUAGAAUAUUCGUUUGACUGAGAUCUGACCCGUAAAUUUCCUUUCUUUCUACUAAAUGAGGACUUUACAAAUUCGCUGAAGGAAUUUCUUGUGAUAUCAAGAUCACGCCUUCUAGUUGAUAAGCGUGUUGUUCUCUCCACCUUUUUGUUGGAUAAAAUAGUGAUCAUAUAGUAAGGUUACAGGUUGAACAACUCUGCGAAUGAAAGACUCCAUUGCAUGGAAAAAAAUUAGACGCAAAGUUGGAGACUUCUCAAGAUAAAAACCUCACAAGAUAACUUAAUCUUGAUAUUAAUUGCUUUGCAGAUGGCCUCCUCUGUUUCAAUAUUUGGGAAAAGGAAUUAGGAGACUAUCAGGAAACUAUUUCGGAGCUAGAAAAAGCUGGGAAAUGGAUCUGCUCGUCCAAACAGACUAUACCAAUGUAUGCAGCCGAGGACAUGCCCAAAGAAACUUUGGCAUUCGUUUACAAAGUUUUGAGAAAUUAA